AUGUCGACCUCUUUGGACCAGCUCAAGAACAGCGGCACCGUUGUCGUCUGCGACUCCGGUGACUUUGCCACCAUUGGCAAAUACAAGCCCCAAGAUGCCACCACCAACCCUUCCCUGAUUCUCGCUGCCUCCAAGAAGGCCGAGUACGCCAAGCUCAUUGACGAGGCCAUUGCCGCCGCCAAGGUGAGCAGCAAGGGCAAGAGCGUCGACGAGCAGGUUGACGAUGCCCUCGACCGCCUCCUGGUCGAGUUCGGCAAGGAGAUUCUCAAGAUCAUCCCUGGCAAGGUCUCCACUGAGGUCGAUGCCCGCUUCUCUUUCGACACCAAGGCCUCCGUCGACAAGGCCCUUCACAUCAUUGAGCUCUACAAGCAACAAGGUAUCCCCAAGGAGCGUAUCCUGAUCAAGAUUGCCUCGACAUGGGAGGGUAUCAAGGCCGCCGAGAUCCUCCAGCGCGACCACGGUAUCAACACCAACCUUACCCUCAUGUUCUCCUUGGUUCAGGCCAUUGCCGCCGCUGAGGCCGGUGCCUUCCUCAUCUCUCCCUUCGUUGGUCGUAUCCUUGACUGGUACAAGGCCUCCACCAAGAAGGACUACUCCAAGGAGGAGGACCCCGGUGUCAAGUCCGUCCAGGCCAUCUACAACUACUACAAGAAGUUUGGCUACAACACAAUUGUCAUGGGUGCCUCGUUCAGAAACAUUGGCGAGAUCACCGAGCUCGCUGGCUGUGACUACCUGACCAUCUCCCCCAACCUGCUUGAGGAGCUGCUCAACAGCAACGACGCUGUCCCCAAGAAGCUCGAUGCUGCCGGUGCUUCCAGCCUGAACCUGGAGAAGAAGACCUACAUCAACGACGAGGCUCUCUUCCGCUUCGACUUCAACGAGGAGCAGAUGGCCGUCGAGAAGCUGCGUGAGGGUAUCAGCAAGUUCGCCGCCGAUGCCGUCACCCUCAAGGACAUCCUCAAGGCCAAGGUCCAGGCAUAA